AUGUCCACGCAGCCGGAGGGCCGGGCCCCGAAGGUGCCAGGAUCCCGCACCGGCGCCGCGUGUCACUUUGGCGAGUGCAUGCCACCGGCGGAGGAGGCGCGGGCCGGUCGCGGUGGGACGGUGCUUGGGCUUACCCUGCGGCAGGUGACACCGACGCAGCUCGAGGGGCUGAGAGGGGCGCAUGUCUCGGACGCUGAGGCCGGGGCCUUGGGCCACGCUGGGGAAGGACGGGCGCGGGAGGAGAAUCGGGACCUCGUGUUUGAGGCGACGCGGGAUUGGAUGCCGGCGACCGGGGGGCGGGGUCGGCACCGGGGCCGGUGA